AUGGGUACUGAAUUGGAAACAAUUGAGGCAAGGAUAACAUCUAUGCUUGCCCAGCUCCAAUCUGAGUGUGGCAUCCUACAAAGAAUGGUAUACAAGAAUAAGAAUCAGCACCGGCGCUGUUCCUAUUUUCAGCGUCUGUUGAAGGUGAGGAGGGAUUUAAGGCUUUUGCAAUUGGCAAACUUGGAGGAGCUUGUAACAUCAUGUUUCCUUGUUAUCAAAGGAGAUAGACCAAAACAGAAGGUUCAUCUUUUAGAGAGCUUAAAAAGGAGAAAAUGUGAUAAUGAAAAGCAUAAUUUUAUGGAGCAUCUUCUAGGAGCUGCACGCUUACUAGCAGAGAUGGUUGAACCAAUACUGAAGGCUGCAUCUGAGGUGUCUCUAUUGUUUGCACGAUCAUUUUUUAUGGGAUUUUCUCUGACAAUUAUGGCUUUGCUUGCACGUCUUCGAGUUCUGGUUCAACAAAUAUUGCUUGAUGUUGUUUUUCUGUUCAACAUGGUUUCUUCGCUCUCUAAAACGAAGCAAUCGAUAAAAAUAACUCAUAAAGGAAUUGAGGUUUUUAGAGAUUUUUACCCUGUUAGUGAUGAUUUUGUUACAUUAGAGUGUGUUUGGAAAUCGGACAAGUUUAUAUUACUAGAGAGGAAGUAUGAAAAGGAGAAUGAAAGUCAAGUUGAGGACUCUGGUGGAAGUGUCUCUGUCCAAACAUCAAAUGUUCAUUAUAAUAGUAUUGAAUCUUUUCUCGGGGACGAUCAGCUUGUCCCAGAGAGAACAGAAACAGUUGCUGCUGCCAGAGAAGAUCCUUGUAAUGGUGAUGAUAUGAAUACUGAUUUGUUGACUGGCACAUCACAAAUUGAUGAUAAGGAGACCAAAUGUAAUGAGGAAGGAAAAAAUCUUGGCGCAACAGAAGCCCACAUCAACGAAUUUUCAACAGAGGUUGGCUUGCAAACAUUAUCCGGGUCUUCUACCAAUGGUAAACUUCAUUCUUGUUCAAAGAAGGUGGCAUUUGUCUCGAUCAAGAAUCCUACAUAAGCUAGACAAAGUGGGCAAAGUAAUUAUGUGUUAACUACUAAUGUUAAGACAUUCAACUUCAUGGGAAAUGAAAAUGAUCAAAGAAAGGCUAACGUAGGGGAUUCAGUUACUAGUUUAUUUACGGAUGUAAAUGCAAAGGAUAGUUUUGAACAUGAAUAGAUACUGUGGUUAAACUUUAGGUGGUGACUUUAUCCUUAAAUCCUGAUUUAGUAGUGGUAAUACGUGUCUUCAGCACUCUUAUUUAGACUUUAU